UUUAUCACUGGUGUCACUAACCACAAACGGAUCCGAACACGCCAAACCAUCUGGAAUUUUGAACUUCCUUUUUUUGUUCUAACGUCUUCAUUCUUCAAACACAUGCGACCUUGCUACUUGAACAUAGCAAUCUCCAUACUAUUAUUGUACGUUACGAAUACGGAACUUGAGUUCGUGAUUCAUUCAAGAUCAACUGGAAAUGUGAUCUGAAGGAAAUCCUCUCAGUAUAUCCAGGUACAUUGCCACUGAGGGCACGAAUCGAGAAAAGAUGAAAGUAGACCUAAUUAUUUUUGGACUGUUGGUGUUGUGUGUUCAGGUUAUCUAUGGAGUUCCUCAUGUCCAGACAGAAGAAAUAAGUGAUCGUUUACUUGUCGAGUUUUCUACUGUGAGAAAUACCAUCAAGGUUUUGUCAGAUCAAUGGGAAAAAUGGAACACACUUUUCGUUACCUCAUUGGAACCAAGGAUAUCUUCCACAGCCUCAAUUUUGGCCAGUAUAGACAGUAAUAUCCAUAAUUUGCAAGAAAGAGCCCAUGUAUGGGACACCUUUCAAUUACACGUGACCGCAUGGAAUGAGCAGCUGGCUUCACUUGACAGAAAAAUGGAUAUUUUGAGCAAGGGGCAAGAAACGAUCUUAUCUCUGGAUGGAAAAAUUAACAACCUCUUGGCAUUGGAGUACAAACUUGACAAUAUGGCAAAAAAUUUAGAAAAAGUGCAAGACACCACCAACAGUUUAGACACACUCCUCCAAUCGAAAUCCUUCAGAAUAUCCCACGAUACAUUACUGAGUGAAUUCACUUCAAGAGGUGUGCUCAGUUCUAUCAAAAGCGUUGAAAGAAAACUAGACAGACUAUUGAUUGCCAAUCAAAAUACUGUACACAAAACUAGUACUGCAAGUACCAACAGUAACGACAAACAAAAACUGCAUGUCAAAUGUAACACUCCCAAAGUUGUAGAAGAUUUACUAAAUGAUAUAGCCUCCAAAGUAGAUGUAAUGUUUGAUACCAUUACCAAAGACAACUCUUCUUCUGAUGAUUCUAUCGAGCAUGUAGAAGAAGACGGCGAAUUCAUAGAAUUCGAAGGUAGUGGAGAAAAUAUAAACUAUGAUACACAAGCAAACUCGAAAGGGAAGAAGAAACCCACGAAGAAAUCAACACAGACUUGUAAACAAAUGAAUCCAACACUGGAAGAAAUCCUGAACAGAACCAUAAGGAUAGAAAACGCCACAUUGAUAAUUUUAGAUAAGGAAGAUGUUUAUAAUGAGAAAGAAAAGAAAUCGAACUCGAAGCUGCUCAAGGUGAUGGAAAAUAGCACUGCUGAUUUAUACAGUACGUUGAGCAAUUACUUUAGUGAGCAAAGAGUGCACUUCGAGAGUGCUAUACAAAGGUAUGACAGAAUGUCUUGUGAUUCAAACACCGCACCAUCCACAGAGAUUUCAUCUACAGCACUACCUGUUAUACCAACAACAGAACAUGUCCCAACUGUCACGAAACCUACAACCCUUUCAGAAAAUCUUCAACCCACGUGGAGACCCAUGUUGGGCAAAUCAUCUUGUGAAGACCUGGACGGAGAUGAGAAUUCUAGCGGAGUCUACAUCUUUGAAAAGCAGAACCCAGGGCGGGAGAGUGAAAAGUAUUUCAACAAGCGCUACUGCGAAAUCAGAUCAGAUGGGAUUUGGACUGUGAUCCAAAGACGUGAUAACUACAUGCCAAUACACAACUUCAAUGUAUCCUGGAAGGAGUACAAAAAUGGAUUCGGGAACAUGCACACUGAUUUCUGGAUGGGCAAUGAUUUUUUGCACAUGUUUUCUAAUGAAAACAACCUAGUGUUGAAGAUAGAGCUCGAGGAUUUCGAAAAGAACUUUGCUAUGGCUGAAUAUAGCAAUUUUGUAGUGGGGUCUGAGAGCGAAAACUAUAAGCUUAGUAUUGGAAAAUAUAGAGGGAAUGCUACGGACUCUUUCUCAGGACAUAAUGGAUCGUACUUCAGCACGUAUGACAGGAAAAACGACAAAGCCCCAGAAUGUUGUCCAUGUGCUGUCACAUAUGGUGGAGGAUGGUGGUUUCACAGGUGUUUCGAAUCAAACUUGAACGGACAAUACUUCAGGGAUCCUGAUGAAAGCAAUUAUUUUAGAGGAAUUAUAUGGGAGCAGUGGUUGGGAAAUUACUCACUCAAGAAGUCGGUUAUGAUGGUAAGGUCUAGGGGCCGAGUUUAUUCUCCUACGAGGAAUGUGCAAGAUGAAGAUUUAACGCGAAUAACGUAUGAAGAUCCUUAAUUAGUUCUUUAUUCAACCUACAGUUCCGAAUGGUAGGUUUUGGUAUACUCAUAUUAUGCGAUGAAGAUACAUUAUUUGUAAUAAAACAGUAUAGAAGU